CAUAAUUCUUAUGUAUUUCUCGUCCAGACCUCUGUUUUAACGAGGGUAGUCUCGUGUGGUAAGCGACCGCUCUGACAGUUUGAAAUGUUCUCCGCGAGGCUAUAUGUAACAGUUCUAACUUUAAACAUAUUUAGUUUAAGUUUAGUCAAUUCGUUUAGGAUAUUUAGGAUCAAUGGCAAGCAGACGAUAUUGGCUUUUGAAAACGAAAAUAUAAAUAUACAAUGUGAAUCGGAAUUUCCUAUGACUUACUGCGGAUUCGUUCACCCCACUGGAAAGAGAUUUUCAUUUACAGAUCUAUCAGUGAAUGAUGGCAAAUGUGUUCAGAAGAUCAGAGCUACGAAAAGCGACGACGGGGAAUGGGGUUGUCAUAUUGGAAGGAAGUCUAUAAGAUUGGAAACUAUAAAGAAAAUACAAGUACGGAUUGUGAAUCAAGUGGCCGCGGUCGAACCUAACGUAACGGCUAAGCUAAAUAAACCUAUAACACUAACUUGUGCAACAACUAAGGGCUUAGUCCCUUUGAGCUACUGUCGCUUUGAACCACCAAAUGGAAGAUCGUUUAAUAUAGAUUCAUCAGUAACUAGUGAGCGUCCAAUUAUGGAUAAAUACUAUUACCCAUCAAACAGCAGUUUGGAUAGAGGGGAUUGUGUCGUGACAAUCAAUAAAGUGAAAUACGAGGACAUUGGUUUGUGGACUUGCGGCGCGAGUUUGGACGACGGCAAAGAAUAUGUUGAUGUCAUUAAGCUUGAGGUUGAAGGUAUGCACACGAUGUCGACGGCUUCUGCGACGGGCGUGACAUUGGGAGGCAUUCUGAUAGCAGUAGCUCUUGGGACGUUGGGUUAUAUAGCUUGGAAGAAACGCAGUUUUAUAACAGGCACACCGAACGAGCAGCAAGAGAUAGAAAUACAUGAAAUGGCUGCAACAGGAAGAGAAUCCUCCGCUAGUCCUAGACCAGGGAGGAUGGUCCCCAGUGUUGUGAUACAGUCCCCAUCAGAACCAGGAACAUCACCCUUAAUGCAAAGAACCGAGAGCUCUAAUUAGGAUUUAUAUUUCUUAAAGAUAAUUAGUAUAACAAUAGUUGUAUUACAUUAAUUAAAUUGGAAGUUAAUCACUAUAAAUGAAGUAAAACAUUCUUACAAAUAUUUAUUAUUUAAAUUGUAUGUAUUAAUUUGUAGUGCUAUCUAUACACGUCUGUUCAGCCGUUGUUAUAGUUUUCUAUACUUCAAUAUCUUUCUCCCUUACUUAUAACGUUCUGUUCUGACAAAUUUGCGUUUUAAUUUCCCUUCUGUUUAUUCUAAAUGAAUUGUAGAAAAUAAUAUUUUGUUUAUUAUUUUAAUUAAAAAAAGAUGUUGCUUA